AUGACGGAGGACAGGAGCGGCCGAGAGCGACUGGGACUGAGCUUCACCAUCGACUACCUCCUGUUCAAUAUGGGACCCAAAGAUUCCGCGGGGCAACCGAUGGCCGAGCAGACGUCGCUCGAUUGUCACAAACCCAAAGAGGUGGUCGUCGUACAGGAGAGGUCAGCAGAGACCGGCGAAAGGGAUGGCAGAGGAGAAGAGGGGGAUGGAGAGCAACAACAGGAGGGGGAGGAGGAGGUGACCACUACCACUACUGCGACGUCCGACAAAAAACCAAACCAGUCGUACAUCGCGCUCAUCUCCAAAGCCAUCAUGGCGUCGGAGCAGAAGAAGCUGCUGCUGUGCGACAUCUACCAGUGGAUCAUGGACCACUACCCUUACUUCAAGAGCAAGGAUAAAAACUGGAGGAAUAGCGUGCGCCACAACCUGUCGCUGAAUGACUGCUUCAUCAAAGCCGGACGCAGCGAAAACGGCAAAGGGCACUUCUGGGCCAUCCACCCCUCAUACUACAAGCACUUUUCAAACGGGGACUACCACUGCCGGAGGACGCGACGGAGGGUCCGUCGGGCGGCCGUGCAGCUCCCGAUCUCACCCCUCAGCUCGCCCUACCACGUCGCCCGCCACCACCGUGGGGCCUGCUGGUACUGCCCACAGGUCCACGCGCUAUCUUUAUCCUGUUUUGCCCCCAGACUCUACUGGCCUUGGUCCAGUGUACAAGUUUCAGGUUUUCACCCUGGCCUGCAUGUCUCUGGACCUUAAGGCUGAACCAAAACAUUUUAGUGGGAUUGUGAGUUUGGCAUUGAUUCACUGUCAUUUUAGAUUCAGAUUUGUUUACGCUUAUGUCAUUGUUGGACCACACCGACCUGAUACCCGUACAUAAA